GCACUCCGCCCGCGCUGCGCCAUUUUGAAAAUGUAAUUUUGGAAGAGGCAGGAGCGAGGGAAAUCUCAAAGUGGAAUGCAAAGUCUGAAAACCGGUUCGGAGACUUGAGGGACAAUUUCUUUGACUGAAAACCGGUCGGUGUCAUUUGCGGCAUCGGGGCUGUGGACCGUGGAAGUUACUAGCGGUACUCCAUCUUCAUUCCUCCGCUGUCGCUUCGUCAGAACCUCUCAUCUCACCCGGGUCAGCUCUGUUUCGGUUCAGGGCCCCAGCCCGCUACAGACAGCUCCUCAUGAUGGCAGGGCCCGGCGGAGGGAGCAGCGAUGUGCAGUGGUGCUUUUCCCAAGUCAAGGGAGCGAUGGAUGAUGAUGUCGCCGAAGCUGACAUAAUAUCCACGGUUGAAUUCAACCAAUCAGGAGAGCUGCUUGCCACUGGAGACAAAGGCGGUCGUGUUGUCAUCUUCCAGCAGGAGCCAGAGAGUAAGAGUCAGCCUCUGCGCCGUGGGGAGUACAACGUUUACAGCACCUUCCAGAGCCACGAGCCAGAGUUCGACUACCUGAAAAGCCUCGAGAUCGAGGAGAAGAUCAACAAGAUUCGAUGGUUACCCCAGAAGAACGCAGCCCACUUCCUUCUGUCUACUAAUGACAAAACUAUCAAACUGUGGAAAAUUAGUGAACGUGACAAAAGACCAGAAGGCUACAAUCUGAAGGAGGAAGAUGGGCGGUACAAAGAUCCCAGUACUGUCACUACACUAAGGGUCCCUGUAUUAAUGCCCAUGGAUUUAAUGGUAGAAGCCAGCCCCAGACGAGUGUUUGCAAACGCUCACACCUACCACAUCAACUCAAUCUCCAUCAACAGCGAUUGUGAGACCUACCUUUCUGCAGACGACCUGCGCAUUAACCUCUGGCAUCAGGAGAUAACGGAUCGCAGCUUUAACAUUGUUGACAUAAAACCUGCAAAUAUGGAAGAUUUGACAGAAGUGAUCACAGCCGCCGAGUUCCACCCCAACCAGUGCAACACGUUUGUGUACAGCAGCAGCAAGGGAACGAUCCGAUUGUGCGACAUGAGGGCGUCAGCGCUGUGCGACAAGCACACUAAAAUGUUUGAGGAGCCUGAAGACCCAAACAACCGUUCAUUCUUUUCUGAAAUCAUCUCAUCUAUUUCUGACGUGAAGUUCAGCAAUAACGGACGCUACAUGAUGACGCGCGAUUAUCUCUCCAUCAAGAUCUGGGAUCUUUGCAUGGAGACUCGACCAGUUGAAACCUAUCAGGUGCAUGAAUAUCUCAGGAGUAAAUUAUGUUCACUUUAUGAGAACGACUGCAUUUUUGACAAGUUUGAAUGCUGUUGGAAUGGGAAUGACAGCGUUGUGAUGACGGGCUCUUACAAUAACUUCUUCAGGAUGUUUGACCGAGGUUAUCAGCAGGACGUGACGUACGAAGCGUCGCGGGAAAACAGUCGGCCGCGAUCCAUCCUCAAGCCUCGGAAAAUAAGCACAGGUGGGAAGCGCAAAAAGGACGAGAUCAGUGUCGACAGUCUGGACUUCAGUAAAAAGAUUAUCCACACAGCCUGGCAUCCUCUGGACAACAUCAUCGCCGUAGCCACCACCAACAAUCUGUACAUUUUUCAGGAUAAACUGAACUAGCACUCACUAGCGUCUACUUUAGCUGCUGUGCUCUAAUGCAUAGAUCAAAUCAUAGCUUUUUUUCUAAUUAUUUCCAUACAUUUUGAUUAGUAUGUGGCAAACUACUUUCAUUCAUCCUGAUCAUAAAAAUCUAUGGAGGUUUUUAGAUUUUAGUCCUCCAUUGCGAGCUAUUAAAUUGCUGUUUGCUGAACCACUACAUCCCCAACUAAGGGGAAAUGUUCCUUUGUACAGCUGUGCCAUGGCGACUUGAUCACUCAAAUAUCUUUUUUUUGUAGCUACCAUGUUUUUCAAGUUAAGUGUCUUUUGUCAUUGUUUUUCUUUGUGCACCGGUCCAAAACACUGUUAGCACAGACUGUCAAAUACUCGGCGUCACCCAGAAACCGAUGAGAAUCCAAGUUCUCUCUUCCUGUUGUAGAGACAACCGUUGGCUCGUAUUACGUUAAACUCAUUUUUCUGAUAUUUCUGUAAAACUGACUUGACAGCAGGUCCUGUUUUUACAUUCAUCUCAAAGAUUCAUUUUUGUGUUAAUCAUUUGGGGUGGUGAUUUCACCCAGUAAAUUUCAAAGUGCUUUAAACAAUUUCACAGAUUUAUUUCAUCAGGGACAUAGAAAACUUUUGGUUAAAUAUUCCUCUUGGCCUCAUUCAGAUAAACCUUCAAGUGUGACUGAGCAGGACUGGCUGCUCUCUUACACUUUCACCGGAAUGAGCUGGAGUGAAGGUUAUAUUCCAGCUGCCUCGCUCAGCCCUCCUCGCUGUAGUUGAGCAACCAGUGUUUUAUUACUAAUAUUAUUAUUUAAGUGCUGUGAAAAUACACUUAAGAAAGAAACACUUGACAAAAAAGGGACAUGUUUGCUGUUUGUUCUUUAUUUAAUAUGUAAUUUAUCCUAUAAAAAGCCAACAUGCCAAAUUAAAAUAACAAGGAUGGUGAGAAGGAAAAGUUUUAAACACUGACUGUAAAAUUAGUUAAAAGUUGGCCUUUUUUGUAAUUUAUUUGAUGAAGGUAAAACAAAAAUUUU